CAGGUACCAGCACACUCACCCGCCGCCUCCUCUCCUCAACUCCAAGUCCAGUUCAAAGCUAUCAACUCUUGUCUCACAGACGCUUUGGAACAUUCGCUGGAUGGUUUAAGACCCGGAGAGCCUUUUGAGGUUUCACAGACGGUUGCACUGUUUCGGAUACAAACAUGUCGGGGAUGAAUAGUGAUCAGCUGCAUCGCUCCACCCUGAGGAUUUACUCGAGCUUGAUGGAUGAGUUCAACCCAAGCCUACAGAAACUGGUCUCACUGGGUAACAGCUACGUGCAUGCUUUCCAGGCUCUUGCAGUAACAAGUGAGGCCUACUGUAGUGCACUUUCAAAGAUCGGAGAAAAUGCUUUCCACACCAUAUCGUCUCGCUCCCUCGGAGAUGUCCUGAUUCAGAUCUCUGAGAGCCAACGACGACUCAUGGCGGAGAUAGACGGAGUCUUCCGCUGGUUCAGUAUGGAGGUGCUUCAGGAGAUGGACACUAACAUUAAACUGGAUAAAGAUUACAUAUCAGGCAGCAGGAAGCACUACGAGAUGGAAGUCCACGACCAGUCAGCAGCUCUGGACAGGCAGCUGAGGCGAGGAGACAACCAGGAUCUGCAGUAUAUGAAGUUCCUCAGGGAGAGCCACAACGAGGCUCUGAAGGAGGAGGAGAGGCGAUACCGCUUCCUGUCGGAGAAACACUGCGGCCUGAUACAAUCCAUCGCCCACCUCAUGAAUAAGCAGACAGGAGGAUCCCUCCAGCAGACAGCUGAUGCCUGGAAUGAGGAUGUCAAUGCUACUAGAGGACCCGAGGCCAGGCGACCCACAGCUGUAGCCAACUCUAUGGGGAUGAAGGAGGAGAUGAGAAGGAGCAGAGAGGAGCUGCCGCUCGGCAACGUCCCAUCAAGGGCUCCAUCUCCCCAGGGAAGCAUUUCUCGCCCUACAGGAGGCAGAUCCACCAGGGCCCGGGUGGCCCACCAGCCUGGUGGCUCCAACCCCACCCUGCUGCCCUUCACCAGGGGAGAGAUGAUAACCGUGCUGGUCCAACAGCCCAGAAACGGCUGGCUGUAUGGACGUGCUGACAGCAGUUCACGUGAAGGAUGGUUUCCAGUCACCUAUGUGGAAGCAUUGGAUGAUCCUCCAAAGACAACCCGCUCUGGUAGCUCCUCUCUCAGAAGCAGUAGCAGCAGGAGCAACCUGCUCGACCAACCAGGAAGCAGCAGCUACAGCGGAGCCCCGCCCCCUCCGCCUCCACCUCCACCACCUUCAUCUUCAUAUAAACAGUAUGAGAUGCGACCGAUCACACCGACACCUGACAGAAGGGCCGAGUCUAAUUCAGAAAAGAAGAGAUCAAAACCACAUGGAUCACAGCCAGAACUCUUCCCGAGGGGCACCAACCCGUUUGCCACAGUUAAGCUGAAACCCACGUCCACCGAUGACAGAUCGGCCCCGAGCGUAUAUCGACGAUGACAUCUUCACCCCGAAACAAAAUGCUUUUGUCGAGCUUGACAGUUCAUUCUUGACCUUCGAAAUGGAGCAUAUGUGUGAGUGGAGGCUGUCUAGUGUUUUCCUACUUUCAAACAAGACUCGGUUUGUUAAGAGACACACAAAGCUGGAGAAAGAGGACAGAAAAAUGUAUGAAUAUUUUAUGAUUUUUGGGUUCGCACAAGGACUGUUAUAUAUUUUUAGAUCUUGGUAAAUUACAACAAACAUUGUGUUUUUUAAGGCUAUAAUGGUUUUAUCUUGUUGACUAUUUCAUAAUUGGCUCUGGUUUUAACAUUUGUAUGGAAGUAAGACUGAAUCACUAUCAAACAAUGUGUUCAUGUAACAUAAACUAAUUGACUUUAAAUCAUCGUUCCUUCUCUGUGUUUUCUGACAUUCUGACAAUGAAAGAUAUGAGAAUGACUUAUAUGUUCCACUUGGAAAUAAAUGAUUACCGUCUACGAUGUGUUAGUGUACAGUUGAUGUUACGAGUCAGUGCUGAGAGAUAUGUCCUUUGUAGCUCAGCGAUGGAUGCAUGAUAAAUAAUCUUUGUCAUUGUAUUGCACCUCCACCAUUGUUCUCUGCAUGGUCCGCAUUAAUACAUAUUAAUUGCAUUACUAAUUUACUUUGGAAAAUGGCUUUAUUUAAAAUGUUACCUCUGGCAGAUAAUGUAAUAUGUUAAUUAUUUUUUUAAAAGGACGAAAAUGUAGUCUGAGCCAGAAACGUAAUGAAAAAUGCAAUGCGUUCAUGGAUAAUGUAAUACCGUCUUUAUAGCAUCAUAUAAUUACCUUCACCCAUUCAUUGAGCUUUUUCAGGUCACAUUUUUUACUGAUGGCAGAAGGAUGAUAUUGAUUAAUCAAACAAAAACAAAUAGCUUGAAAAUAAGUUGUUACCUA